AUGGUGACGGACGUCGGCUCGUUGUCCGUUGAACUUGAUGUUGAAGUCACGUCCCGUUUCGCCAAAGUAUGCUUUAUCACAAGUGCUGCAGGGAACUCUGGGCUGCAGUUCCUCAUUUCCUGGAGGAAAAAUCCAAUUACAAACAAAGAAAAUAAGGUGCUCCUAGCUGUGCUUCUCACCUUAGGAAGUGGAGCCCCGCAAGGGUACACAUUAGAUAAACCCUCCAGACCCGGACUGACCACAGGGCCUGGGUUCUCUGCUGGAGUGGGAAUUGCAAGUGGAACGGGAAUCUCCACUGGAUCCGGAUUUACAACUGGAUCAGGACUUACGUCCGGCGGAGUCUCGGCUGGAGUAAGCUUUACCGCUGGUUCUGGAGGACUGUCACAUGGAUCUGGAGGAUUUGCCCUUGGAUCUGGCCUUACUUCAGGAGCAGGAGUCUCUACUGGAACCGGAAGACUUACUGACGUAGGAAGUGCUGGCGGUUUGAUAGGAGAUGGAUUUCCCUCCAUUACUGACGCCAUUGCCGCUGGAUGCAGGGAAGGAGAAAUUCUACAUGUGGAUGGAACUUGCGUAGUUCCCGAAGUGUCUAGGAAAGUUUUCGUUGUCGAUGUUCCCCAACAACAGCAGUUAUCGGGUCCUCCACCAAGUGUUCCUCCUCCCAAAGUGGAUCAUAAUAUCUUGUUUGUGCGUCUUCCUGAAGAAGGUCUUGCACCUGAACCUAUCGUUGUUCCUCCACCAAGGCAAAACAACAUUGUCUACGUCCUCAACAAACAGAAUGAACAAGCUCAAAGAGUUAUUGAGGUCGAAGCUCCUCCACCGUCUGAGCCCGAAAUCUACUUCGUCAACUACGAUGAUGGAGAAAAUCCUACUCUUCCUGGAGGUAUCGAUCUUCUUACUGCUCUUGGAUCCGCUGCCGAGACUGGCGGCGAAGUAAUUGGUGCCUUAGGAGGCGAUGGUAUUACUGGAGGUAUUGCAGGCGUCUCAGGUCUACAAGGAGGAGUCACCGGACAAGGAGUCAUUGGUGGAAGUGGCCUUAUAGAUGGCGUCGUCGGAGGUGCCGGACAAGGCGGCAUUAGUGGAGUCUCUGGUCUUGUCGGUGUCACCGGCAGUGGGCAAGGAGCUUUUGGUGGAGCUGUGGGUACCAAUAUUGGAACCAACGGCGGAUUUGGAAUUACCGUAGGUAGUUCCGGCGGACAAGUCCGUCCAGGUUCCCAGGGUAAUUUGGUAACUCCGUCAGGUUUAUAUUCGACACCAUAG